GCCUGGCGCACGUGCGUCGCGUGGGGGCCUGGCCCGCCUGGACGGAAGUGAGGUGGGCGGGCCCCCGGGCGGCGCAUGCGCUCCGGCCUCCCUGCCUUUCUUCCUCCGGUCGUCGCUGCCGCCAUGGCGCCCGCGAAGAAACUCGCAACCAAAGGCAGCAAAAAAAAGAAACAAGUCCUGAAGUUCACUUUGGAUUGUACCCAUCCGGUAGAAGAUGGCAUCAUGGAUGCUGCCAACUUUGAACAAUUCUUGCAAGAACGGAUCAAAGUCAACGGGAAAGCCGGCAACCUCGGCGGAGGAGCGGUGACAAUUGAGAGGAGUAAAAGUAAGAUCACGGUGACCUCCGAGGUCCCGUUUUCCAAGAGGUAUCUCAAGUACUUGACCAAAAAAUACCUGAAGAAGAACAACUUGCGCGACGGGCUGCGUGUUGUCGCCAACACGAAGGAGAGCUACGAGUUGCGGUAUUUCCAGAUCAACCAGGACGAGGAGGAGGAGGAAGAGGAAGAUUAAAACGGAUCUGGAACGGUUUUGUACAUUCGUUUUUCCCAGAAUAAAAUUGUGGUAGAAAUUGUU